AUUUAAAUAUUCAAAGCGUUUUUCUCAUCUUCUGCUUGGUUUUGAAGCUGUCUUUUUUACUCCUCUUUUUAGUUUGUCGUCCCGCCUCUCUCUCUCUCUCCCUCUUUUUAUUUUUCUUCUUCAAAAAAACCAUAAACUAAAAAUUGAGGCUAGGGUUAUUAUCAUCAUUAGGGUUUUUCACUCCAUUCGUUCUUUUUUCCUUUCGACUGAUUAUCAUUCUAGGGUUAGGGUUUAUCGGAAGCUUCUGGGUUCUCCGAUCAACUUAUUCUCAUGGCUGCGGAAAAGCUUAGAGAUUUGAGUCAGCCUGUUGAUGUUCCUCUCCUUGACGCUACUGUCGCUGCUUUCUAUGGCACGGGAUCUAAAGAAGAGAGGGCUGCAGCGGAUCAAAUCUUAAGAGAAUUGCAGAAUAAUCCUGACAUGUGGCUUCAAGUAGUGCACAUUCUUCAGAACAGUCAGAACUUAAAUACCAAAUUCUUCGCAUUACAGGUUUUAGAAGGUGUUAUCAAAUACCGUUGGAAUGCAUUGCCUGUUGAACAGAGAGAUGGAAUGAAAAAUUACAUUUCUGAAGUUAUAGUUCAGCUUUCAAGAGACGAGGCCUCGUUCAGGCGGGAAAGGCUGUAUGUUAACAAGUUGAAUGUCAUACUGGUUCAGAUUCUGAAGCAUGACUGGCCUGCUAGGUGGCAAAGUUUUGUUCCUGAUCUUGUUAACGCUGCCAAAACUAGUGAAACAAUUUGUGAGAAUUGCAUGGUCAUAUUGAAACUGCUGAGUGAGGAGGUUUUUGAUUUUUCAAGAGGAGAAAUGACACAACAGAAAAUUAAGGAACUUAAGCAGUCAUUGAAUAGUGAGUUUCAACUUAUUCAUGAGUUGUGCCUGUAUGUGCUAUCAGCAUCCCAGAGGACUGAGCUGAUACGGGCUACUCUAUCUACACUUCAUGCAUUCCUUUCAUGGAUUCCUUUGGGCUAUAUUUUUGAGUCCCCUCUGCUGGAAACUCUCUUGAAGUUUUUUCCUGUGCCAGCAUAUCGAAAUUUAACCCUCCAGUGUUUAUCAGAGGUUGCAGCGUUGACCUUUGGGGACUUCUACAAUGCACAAUAUGUGAAGAUGUACAACAUAUUCAUGGUUCAGUUACAGGCCAUCCUCCCACCUACAACAAAUAUUCCUGAUGCGUACACUAAUGGUUCAACUGACGAGCAGGCCUUCAUUCAGAACUUGGCACUUUUUUUCACUUCAUUUUUUAAGUCGCAUAUCCGAGUUCUAGAAGCCUCUCAAGAGACCAUAGCUUCACUCUUGAUGGGUCUUGAGUACCUGAUUAACAUCUCAUACGUUGAUGAUACCGAGGUUUUUAAGGUUUGUUUGGACUAUUGGAACUCUCUAGUCUUGGAGUUGUUUGAGGCGCACCAUAAUGCGGAUAAUCCUGCAGCAGUUGCGAAUAUGAUGGGCCUGCAGCAGAUGCCAUUUCUACCUGGUAUUGAUGGUGUAGGCUCUCAGCUUCUACAGAGACGUCAACUUUAUGCUGGAACUAUGUCAAAGUUACGUUUGCUGAUGAUAUGUCGAAUGGCAAAGCCUGAAGAAGUUCUUAUUGUUGAAGACGAAAAUGGAAAUAUUGUUCGUGAAACUAUGAAGGAUAAUGAUGUUCUAGUUCAGUAUAAGAUCAUGAGGGAAACCCUCAUUUAUUUGACACAUCUUGACCAUGAUGAUACUGAGAAGCAGAUGCUUAAAAAAUUAAGUAAGCAGCUUAAUGGUGAAGAUUGGUCAUGGAAUAAUUUGAAUACCUUGUGUUGGGCAAUAGGAUCAAUAUCUGGAUCAAUGAUGGAAGAGCAGGAGAACCGGUUUUUGGUGAUGGUUAUUCGUGAUUUGCUGAAUUUAUGUGAAAUUACUAAAGGGAAAGACAACAAAGCUGUAAUUGCAAGUAAUAUCAUGUACGUUGUUGGGCAGUACCCAAGAUUUUUGAGGGCUCACUGGAAAUUUUUGAAAACAGUUGUCAAUAAAUUGUUCGAGUUCAUGCAUGAAACACACCCAGGAGUUCAGGAUAUGGCUUGCGACACAUUCUUGAAAAUUGUUCAAAAGUGCAAACGGAAGUUCGUCAUCAUGCAGGUUGGAGAAAAUGAGCCAUUUGUAUCUGAGCUUCUUACGGGCCUGCCAACAACUAUUGUUGACCUUGAAUCUCAUCAAAUUCAUAUGUUCUAUGAAGCUGUUGGUCAUAUGAUCAGUGCAGAAUCUGAUCCACAAAAAAGAGAUGAAUAUCUGCGACGCUUAAUGGAGCUGCCUAAUCAGAAAUGGGCUGAGAUUAUUGGACAGGCACGACAAAGUUCUGAUGUGCUGAAGGAUGCUGAUGUUAUUAGGGCAGUACUUAACAUAUUUCAGACAAAUACAAGUGCUGCGAGUGCUCUCGGUACAUGUUUCUUCCAACAGAUCUCAUUGAUCUUCUUGGAUAUGCUCAAUGUGUACAGAAUGUAUAGUGAGCUCAUAUCAAAUACUAUUGCUGGUGGUGGCCCUUUUGCUUCAAAGUCUUCUUUUGUGAAGCUUUUGCGAUCUGUGAAGCGAGAGACUCUUAAGCUCAUUGAAACUUUCUUGGAUAAGGCCGAGGACCAGCCACAUAUUGGUACACAAUUUGUGCCUCCGAUGAUGGAUCCUGUUCUUGGGGACUAUGCUAGGAAUGUUCCUGAUGCCAGGGAAUCUGAAGUGCUGUCCCUUUUUGCUACUAUUAUAAACAAGUAUAAGGUUGCAAUGAUAGAUGAUGUCCCUCGCAUUUUUGAAGCUGUUUUCCAAUGCACCUUGGAGAUGAUAACAAAGAAUUUUGAAGAUUACCCAGAGCAUCGGCUAAAGUUCUUUUCAUUACUUCGGGCUAUUGCUACACAUUGUUUUGCUGCAUUGAUUCGGUUGUCACCUCAGCAAUUAAAACUUGUUAUGGACUCUAUUAUUUGGGCAUUUCGUCAUACUGAAAGAAAUAUUGCUGAAACUGGGCUGAAUCUUCUGUUAGAGAUGCUUAAGAACUUUCAGGCUUCUGAGUUCUGCAAUCAGUUUUAUCGGACUUACUUUGUGACAAUCGAGCAAGAAAUUUUUGCAGUUCUGACUGACACCUUUCACAAACCAGGAUUUAAAUUGCACGUGUUGGUCCUGCAGAAUUUAUUCUGCCUGGUACAAUCAGGUGCCAUUACUGAACCACUAUGGGAUCCAGCCACGGUUCCUUAUCAAUAUCCAAAUAAUGAGAUGUUUGUUCGCGAGUACACCAUCAAGCUGCUCAGUACCUCAUUUCCUAACAUGACGCCUGCUGAGGUCACUCAAUUUGUCAAUGGGCUGUUCGAGUCGACAAAUGAUCUUUCGACUUUCAAGAAUCACAUACGGGAUUUUUUGGUGCAGUCAAAGGAGUUUUCAGCUCAGGACAACAAAGACCUCUAUGCAGAGGAGGCUGCUGCUCAAAGGGAGAGGGAACGCCAAAGAAUGCUGAACAUUCCUGGGCUUAUUGCUCCUAAUGAGAUCCAAGAUGAGAUGUUGGACUCAUAGGAAGCCAAAUAUAUUGUUCGAUUUUCUUGAAGGAUUCUAACUUGAUAUUGGGGGCACAGUGAUUUUAUAACCAUAUAUUCAAGGUUUGUUAGCAAGCACAAUCCACCAUUUUGCCUUGCUGUUCGGCAGUGUUCGUUUUUCCUCUGUCGAUGGUGACAGUGCUCGCCUUGGCACUUAAUGGAUGAGAUAUAUUUCCAAUUGGCUGGUUGUAGAGUAAUUUAGAUUUUCCGUAGGAAAAUACAGAGCCGUUUUAAGGGCUUUUUUAGAAUUAAGUUCAAUUGUAUUCAUCAGGGGCGCAAUUAAGAGGGGUGUUUUUAGUUGAACUUUCUUGCAUCAAUAGUUUAAUGAAGUUAUGUUAUAUUCGAAAGGAGUACCGUACCUAGUACUGCGUUGGCUGGCUUGUGCAGAAAGUUUUUUUGUUUGUUCUUUUUGGGGUUAUUCUCAUUUAAGGUAAGGGGGGUUUAUAUAGACUUUAGGUGAAGUAUAUUUUGGUAAAGAGUACUGUUCUUUGACCAUACAUACAUUAAGUAGUGCCUUUACAUUGAUUU